CCAUCGCACGUCUCAAUCCGCAGCCGGCUGCCGAGCAUACCGCCUUUCCUUUUUCCCCUCCCGCAAUGCAGCUAUGUGUCGUUUCCGCUUUAUUUUUUAUCAUGCGCUGCAGCGGAGAGAUAUAGCGCGCCUGCUCUAACUCAGCACCUGCACAGUGCUAUCUCCCUCGCGCAGGGUGCGGGGUGAGGGGACGGUUUCACAUCAAGAUUUGGUGGGGUCCGGUCGCUCACAGUUCUCUCAGCCGCCACCACGGACGCACGCUUUCAAGUUGUCUCGCGCACCGGUGUCAGAGUACUUUGUUGUUAGAAGCAAUAUUUAAACAGUGAAGUUAAGUGAUCGUUCAAAGUUUUCUCCAAAUGGUGGUUCUUGAAGACGGAGUAAUGAUGGCGAAUCCUAACCAAUACUUGCAGCCUGAUUAUUUGUCACCGCUUCCAUCCUCUUUGGAUUCGAAGAAAAGUCCGCUUGCGCUUUUGGCACAAACUUGCAGCCAAAUUGGGGCAGACUCCUCUCCGGCUAAGCCUCUGCUGCCACCGCUGGACAAGAAGAAAACAGUGAACAGUGUGAACAGUGAUGUAGUUAGCCGUAGUUCUCCAAAUAACGGGAUGACUAAAGACAAACCACGUACCACUCCGGAAAUUAAACAUCUCGCAUUCAAACCGUACGAAACAAAUGUAGUGACUAAGAAACCAGAAGACGCCAGGCCAUCCUCCAAAGCGAGCACUGACAGCUCCGAUGAAAAGAAAUCAGGAAAAAGCACACCCGGCCGAAAAUCUACACCCCCGAACACGGCAGAAACUGGAAAGAACAGCCCUUCAAAUGAUCACAAAUCCUCAGCUAGUUCUUCCGGUACAAGUCCGAUUAUUAGAUCCGGUUUGGAAGUGCUUGGCCAUGGAAAAGAUCAUCUUGGUGCCUUCAAAAACAUUCCUGGAUUGCCCGGAUUUAACCCACUGAGUGGACUUUGCUACCCUCCCGGUAUGGAACAACAUGCCAAUCCCGCAUUCAGACCACCCUAUGCAGGGGCUCCAUUCAGUGCGCAUCACGCUGCCAUGUUAGCUGCUGCUGCUGCCUUCCCGGGGGCCUCUCCAAACCCUUACCUCGGAUACGCACGAGUUAAAACACCUGCUGGUGGAGAAACUAUGAUUCCCGUAUGCAAGGAUCCCUACUGCACAGGGUGUCAAUUCUCCGUUAAUAACCACCACCUGCUAAUGAACAAUGGAUCGUGCCCUGCUGGAUGCACUCAGUGUGACCACCAAAAGUACAACCUGGCGAUGGCAAUGGCCCUCUCACAACAAGGCGCCGGCGGCAUGCCGUACGCUCAGCUUAGUCGCCCUUAUGUUUGCAAUUGGAUUGUUGGUGAAUCUUACUGUGGAAAGCGAUUCGGAAAUUCUGAGGAGCUUUUGCAACACCUCAGAAGUCACACAACUGAUGGAUCUACUCCGUCAUCGGUGUCUUCGUCCCAGCCUUCAAUGAUGAACCCGCUGAGUCCUCUGUUCACGACGGCUGGCCUGCGCGGUGCGUACCCGACGGCGCCGCUCAGCCCGCUCUCGGCGAGUCGCUACCAUCCAUACUCCAAGUCCGGCCUCCCUGCGGGUCUCGGUGCAUCCCCCUACGGUGCAUUCAACCCUGCUCUGGGACCGUUCUACUCUCCAUACGCGAUGUAUGGCCAAAGACUCGGCGCCGCCGCUGUCCACCAGUAAACUAGUGAUGGACUGAUUUAAAUCUUAAUAGUUGUAUUGUCCAAUUUUCUUCUGUGAUAUCAAUAGACUAUUCACGUUCUACGCUAAAGGCGAUAUGCGCCAUGACAAAUUUAGUGUUUAGUGCAAUUUAUACUGAUAGUUAUUUAUGUAAGUCAACUUGCCGACGGAUGUCGCUGCAAGGAUUAGAGCUAUUGAGCUAUGUGACGACUUGUACAGCCAAAUGUUAUGUGUAUAUAAUAAUAUCUAUGUUUAAUAUUAUAAAUGAAUUAUUUCGAAUAUAAUGUCUACAUACCAAUUGAAAAA